AUGAGGGAGGUUCAGCUAGGUGCACAUACCAUUCAAUCCCAUGGAGCUAAACUGGCAAAAACACAUAUGCAUGACUGGCUUAUACUUGUUCUUCUGCUGGCCAUUGUAGUCAUUUUAAACGUAAUUCAUCCUUUCUACCGUUUUGUGGGUAAAGACAUGAUGGAUGAUUUGAAAUAUCCCCUGAAGAGCAACACUGUCCCAGUCUGGGCUGUUCCAGUAUGUUUUCCUAUUUUUUUUGUUGUUGUUGUAAUUUUCCAUUUAUUUUCCUUUCGUAUAAGUUAAAGGAAUAUAAUAGCUGUGGUGGUCUUUUGUCUCCCAUGGUUUCACCAGAUAGUCGCUGUACUUGUGCCCGUUCUCAUUUUCCUCGCCUUUUACUAUCGAAGAAGGGAUGUGUAUGACCUGCAUCAUGCCAUUCUAGGUACUUUCUUCUGUUUCCAUAUACUUGCUCUGUCUCUUGCAUCCAAGCAAGUGAAGAGAGAUGCGAAUCCCUGAUGCCAAAUUAUUCGCCAUGGCAGGCCUUCUGUUUUCUGUCUUGAUUACAGCGGUUAUUACGGACGCCGUUAAGGAUGCGGUUGGACGACCAAGGCCUGAUUUUUUCUGGCGUUGCUUUCCUGAUGGGAAGGAGGUAGAUAGUUUCCUCGUUUCCAGUCCUGAAAUUCAGUUUCUCUCUCUCUCUCUCUCUGUGCUUUCGUUUUCGAUUUUUCUCAGCUUAACCUUACGACGGGGUAUAAUGCACAUUUUUCCUUCAGUUAUAUGACCAAGUGACAGGCAAUGUAAUCUGCCACGGAGAGGGCGGCGUUGUGAAGGAAGGGCACAAGAGUUUCCCAAGUGGGCACACCUCAUGUAUGUUUUCCCGUCAUGAUUUCUCAUUUGAUAGUUAUCUACUGGCCGUCGAUCACUGGUUUUUGUUUCGAGAACAUCAAGACGAGACAAUUUCGAUCACUGGUCGGAGGAUUAAAGGCAGGAGGAUAUAUGAUUGAACCAUGGAAUCUCUUGUAAAGAUGGUUUUUGCAGGAUAUAAUGACCCACCCAAGUCGAUCCCACCAUGUGCAGGGUCAUUUGCAGGGCUCGGCUUCCUCGCGCUGUACUUGUCGGGCAAGAUCAAAGCGUUCGACCGGCGAGGCCACGUAGCGAAGCUGUGUAUCAUCUUCCUCCCCGUGCUGGUCGCGUCCCUCGUCGGAAUCUCCCGCGUGGACGACUACUGGCACCACUGGCAGGACGUCUUCGCCGGAGCCCUCCUCGGUCCGUCUCUCCCCUUCCCACCCCCUCGAUUAUGUUUCUUCAUCGUCACCCUCCCCUCGCUCUGAGAGUUUAUCCAUCUCCUCCCCCACCCCCUCCCUCCUUCAGGAACCGUGGCGGCUGGGUUCUGCUACCUUCAGUUCUUCCCCGCUCCGUACCACUCAGACGGUAACCGGCCUCCCUCCCGCCUCCUCAUCCUUUCGCCCCCCUAAUCGGACGGCAGCGCCUUGCGGUGUGCAGGCUGGGGGACCUAUGCCUACUUUCAGAUGCUGGAGUCGCGGGCCUCGGUGAACCCCGCCGCGGGGAUGAACGACGAGCUCGCUCGAGGGGAGGGCGGCGAGGGGGAGUGCUCCCGAGCUCGGAGCCACUGGGCCUCCGUGCGCGAUGGACUUGGGACGGGCGAGGUAUGA